AUGGUCACAACAAUUGCUUCAGGACAGCAUGCUCUCUCCAGAAGACGUGCCCAGCUCGCCGGGCCGUCUGGAAUUAAGGGUCUGCUCUCGAACCUUCGAAUUUUUGCCAUCGCCGUAUUUGCUUCUCUUGGUGGUUUUGUGUAUGGCUACAAUCAAGGAAUGUUCGGACAAAUCUUGAAUAUGACCUCCUUCUCCGCUACAGUGCAUCCUGAAUCGAUCGCCAACCCCACUUUGAGGGGAUUUUUGACCGCUAUUCUUGAACUUGGCGCUUGGGUUGGCGUCCUCAUCAAUGGUGUCCUCGCUGAUCGCCUCGGGCGUAAGUUGGCGACUAUUGGCGGCGUUAUUAUCUUCCUGCUCGGGGUUAUCGUUCAAGCUUGUGCUAAAGGGCCGUCCUACAUCUAUGGUGGUCGUUUUGUUACUGGUAUGGGUGUCGGCACCCUUUCUAUGAUCGUGCCACUGUACAACGCAGAACUGGCCCCUGCAGAGCUAAGAGGAUCUCUUGUGUCGCUUCAGCAACUUGCGAUAACCUUCGGGAUUAUGGUAUCGUACUGGAUAGGAUACGGGACAAAUUACAUCGGGGGUACCGGCGCGCAGCAGUCCAACGCUGCUUGGCUGGUUCCAAUUUGCAUUCAAAUCCUUCCCGCGCUCGGGCUUGGUGUUGGUAUCUUGUUCAUGCCUCCUAGCCCCCGUUGGCUCAUGACGAAAGGACGAGAAGAGGAAAGUCUGGCUGUUAUUUCCCAGAUUCGGUCUCUGCCUUCCGACAAUGAAUUGGUCCAACUCGAAUACCUUGAAGUAAAGGCGCAACAUCGCUUUGAAGUUGAAACUUUGGCUGCCCGUUUCCCUCAAUAUCACGUUCCUGGGCUAAUGAACCAGACUAAAUUGGGGUUUCAGGAAUACGUCAGCCUCUUAACUAAUAGAUCCCUCUUCAAGAGAGUUCUUGUUGCUGUCUUUAUUAUGGUUUUCCAACAAUGGUCUGGAGUUAACGCUAUCCUCUACUAUGCAGCUUUCAUAUUCAAAGAUCUCGGUCUCACGGGAAACACCACGUCGCUUCUUGCUAGUGGUGUCGGCGGCAUCCUUAUGUUCCUUGCUACCAUCCCUGCCGUUCUGUACAUUGAUCAACUUGGGCGUAGACCCGUCCUGAUUGCCGGUGCCAUUGGGAUGGGUAUUUCGCAUAUUAUUGUGGCUGCUUUGGAUGGAGCCUUCAACAAGAACUGGGCAGCCCAUAGAGCUGCUGGCUGGGUUGCCGUCGUUUUUGUGUGGAUUUAUGAGAUCAACUUUGGCUACUCCUGGGGUCCCGGCGCUUGGGUCGUUGUUGCAGAGAUCUUCCCACUCGGCUUUCGUGCAAAAGGCAUCUCCAUUGGUGCUUCAUCGAACUGGCUCAAUAACUUUGCUAUCGGCCAAGCCACACCUCCCAUGGUCACAUCGAUGACUUAUGGCACCUUCAUCUUCUUCGGUCUGAUCUGCUUCAUCGGCGCACUAUUCAUUUAUUUUGCUGUCCCAGAAACCAAGAAUCUCACUCUUGAGGAGAUGGAUGAAGUCUUUGGCGACGAAGCCGGAAAUGCCAUUGAGGACCGCAACCGUCUUCUCCAAAUCUACACCGAACUAGGCUUACUGAGUGAUGAUGGUGUUGCCGAGGAAAAACCUAUGCCUAGUAGUGAAAAUAUCGAGGUUGAGCAGUAG